AUGGAAAGCAGUGAGGACGAGAUGGAAGAUGAAACCGAGUGGAAACAACAUUUAACGGAUUCGCCGCGAGCCUGUCGUCAAACCUCUGCUUUGGAAUCGGGCCUAAAUAACACACCCAGACCUGCGCACAGAGUCAUUUUGCAUUUUGACCUCGAUUGCUUCUAUGCCCAAGUGGAAAUGAUUCGAAAUCCAGCAUUGAGGGAUGUCCCCCUAGGUGUCCAGCAGAAGUACAUCAUUGUCACGUGCAAUUAUGUGGCGAGGCAGCAGGGUGUUACCAAGCUGAUGUCCGUCACUGAUGCCAAGGAGAAGUGUCCUCAGCUGGUCUUGGUCAAAGGAGAAGACCUGACGCACUACAGAGAAAUGUCCUAUCAAGUCACAGAUUUGCUGCUUUCUUUCUGUCCGCUGGUGGAGAGGCUUGGCUUCGAUGAGAACUUUGUAGAUGUCACAGAAAUGGUACAGAAGCAGAUGCCGCACACACCACACCUCUCAUUUAAAGGCCACGUCUACGGCACUUCAAAUGAAGCUGCAGAAUCUAAAGCCAGCGAUCACUCAGAGUUUGCGUUAGGCUCGCACAUCGCCGCCGAGCUGAGAGAAGCCAUCCGCAGCCAACUUGGCCUCACUGGUUGUGCCGGUGUGGCCGGUAGCAAACUGCUGGCCAAGCUUGUCUCUGGCACUUUUAAGCCCAACCAGCAAACCACACUCCUGCCAGAGAACAUCAGUGACAUCAUGGGCAGCCUGAGCAGUCUCCGUAAGGUACCAGGUAUUGGACACCAAACGGCCAAAAGACUACAAACUCUAGGAUUGCUCAACAUCAAGGACCUGCAGCUUUUUCCAUCGACCGUGCUGGCCAAAGAGUUUGGCUCUCCUUGCGCAAUACGUUUGAAAAAUCUUUCCCUCGGCCUGGACGACUCUCCUGUCCGCCCCGCCGGAGCUCCUCAGUCCCUCAGUGACGAAGACUCCUUCAAGAAAAUGUCAUGUGUGAAAGAAGUGACGGAUAAGAUUCAGCAGCUCCUCAGCAGCCUACUGGAGAGGAUGCGCAAAGACGGCAGGCAGCCGCGAACCUUCCGCCUCUCUGUUCGAAAAUAUUCAGCGAGCAACAAAUGGUGUAGUCGGGAGAGUCGUCAGUGUCCCAUUCCCAACCAUGUUGGGCACGAGAUCACCUCAGCCAGCAAUGAUGACACCUUGGCCCAGCUGCUCUCCUUAGCCAUGAAACUUUUCUCCAAAAUGGUGGACAUGGCGGCACCAUUCCAUCUGACCCUAAUCAGCGUGUGCUUCAGCAACCUGCAGAUCCAAGCACCAACCAGGGGCGCUAUCACCUCUUUCUUUGCACCAGCCGCCUCCCCCUUAAAAACUCAAAGCCAGAUUAAUUCUAAAAAUGGAGGUGGCACAGAUGAUGAGUUCCACUCACCACCUCAGGCCAGACUCAAACAGAGCGCUUGUUCUGUUCUGGAGGCGGCGUCCCAUCCAGCGACAUCAUCCGGCGGUGACGCAGACAUUAGCGCGACGCAUCGAUUGCCAUCCAGUGUGGACCCUCAGGUGUUUUCCCAGCUCCCCGCCAACCUUCAAAUGGAACUUAUGAGCGAGUGGGAGCAGCAGAGGCCACUUCUAAAGAUCACCGCCGCUUCCAAGAAGACCAAAGACAAGAAAAGCACCGGAAGGGGAAGCCAGGCUAACAGUUUGCUGAAUUAUUUUAAGCCCAUGUAG